UAUUAAAAGCUGAUUCGUUGAUAACAUUGGUUUUUAAUUACUAUGUCUUUUAGAUUUUUCAAGCUCUUCCUUGAUUGUAACACAUUGCCAUUUAGUGAUACCAUUUAAACGAUCUAAUGAUAUUGCCACUUAGUCAAUCAAAUAAGUGACAUCUCUCAAAAGGAUUAAUGAUAUCAAUAAAACAUAAAACAAUUAAGUGACAUCUCUUAGUCAUUGUAGUGAUAUCACAUAUUGAUGACAUCACUUAGUCAUUGUAGUGAUAUCACAUAUUGAUGACACCACUCAAUCAUUGUAGUGAUAUCACAUAUUGAUGACAUCACUCAAUCAUUGUAGUGAUAUCACAUAUUGGUGACAUCACUUAGGCAUUGCGGUGAUAUCACAUAUUGAUGACAUCACUCAAUCAUUGUAGUGAUAUCACAUAUUGGUGACAUCACUUAGUCAUUGUAGUGAUAUCACAUAUUGGUGACAUCACUUAGUCAUUGUAGUGAUAUCACAUAUUGAUGACAUCACUUGGUCAUUGUAGUGAUAUCACAUAUUGACGACAUCACUAAAUCAUUGUAGUGAUAUCACAUAUUGGUGACAUCACUUAGUCAUUGUAGUGAUAUCACAUAUUGGCCCUUUUACUAAAUAGAAUACUAGUAGUAAAUUAUCCUUUUCUGUCGUCAAGAAUUAAGGUGACACAAAAGAUGCAAUAUUAAAAUCCAUUGAAAAAAUUAUUCUAUCUUGUCAACGUUACUUUAAAAAUCAUGACAUCCAGAUAUACAUGUUCGUGACGGUGACACAGAAGAAAGAUCUUUUAAGGAGGGGGGAUGUUAAGUUUUGGCGUAUAGCAGUAUAUACAUAUGAAAGACAUCCGAACGUUUGUCCUGACCAAUCAUAAUGUCCGUUUUGAUGCGAAUGAAAUGAUAAAUCUUGUGAAUAAUUCAGAAAUAGAAAAUGAAAUGUAUGUCUCCUUGAGCUCAAUUGUAAUUUUGUUUUUAAAAAUUUAAUCCCAACAUCAAUUCAGCAACCAUAUUUGUUUACCAGACAGUCGGAUAUUUCAGCUCAUACACGUUCCGGCCCGUGGAUUGACUCAUGAAAGGUUCUUAUUGAAGGACAAGAUGAACUUCCUUUUGAGUGAUUUGAUUUAACCGUUUAAUGAUAUUACUUAUUCAGAAGAUUUUAUCAAGUUAUAUCACUUAGUGAGUAUUUGAUAUCACUUAUUCUAAGUUAUAUUAUUUAGUGAGUAGUUGCUAUCACUUAUUGUAUUAUAAGUUAUAUCACUUAGUGAGUAGUUGAUAUCACUUAUUGUAUUAUAAGUUAUAUCACUUAGUGAGUAGUUGAUAUCACUUAUUGUAUUAUAAGUUAUAUUAUCUAGUAAGUAGUUGAUAUCACUUAUUGUAUUAUAAGUUAUAUUAUCUAGUGAGUAGUUGAUAUCACUUAUUGUAUUAUAAGUUAUAUUAUUUAGUGAGUAGUUGCUAUCACUUAUUGUAUUAUAAGUUAUAUCACUUAGUGAGUAGUUGAUAUCACUUAUUGUAUUAUAAGUUAUAUUAUUUAGUGAGUAGUUGAUAUCACUUAUUGUAUUAUAAGUUAUAUUAUCUAGUGAGUAGUUGAUAUCACUUAUUGUAUUAUAAGUUAUAUUAAUUAGUGAGUAGUUGAUAUCACUUAUUGUAUUAUAAGUUAUAUUAUCUUGUGAGUAGUUGAUAUCACUUAUUGUAUUAUAAGUUAUAUUAUUUAGUGAGUAGUUGAUAUCACUUAUUCUAUUAUAAGUUAUAUUAUUUAGUGAGUAGUUGAUAUCACUUAUUGUAUUAUAAGUUAUAUUAUCUAGUGAGUAGUUGAUAUCACUUAUUCUAUUAUAAGUUAUAUUAUUUAGUGAGUAGUUGCUAUCACUUAUUGUAUUAUAAGUUAUAUCACUUAGUGAGUAGUUGAUAUCACUUAUUCUAUUAUAAGUUAUAUUAUCUUGUGAGUAGUUGAUAUCACUUAUUGUAUUCUAAGUUAUAUUAUCUAGUGAGUAGUUGAUAUCACUUAUUGUAUUAUAAGUUAUUUUAUCUAGUGAGUAGUUGAUAUCACUUAUUGUAUUAUAAGUUAUAUUAUUUAGUGAGUAGUUGAUAUCACUUAUUGUAUUAUAAGUUAUAUUAUUUAGUGAGUAGUUGAUAUCACUUAUUGUAUUAUAAGUUAUAUUAUUUAGUGAGUAGUUGAUAUCACUUAUUGUAUUAUAAGUUAUAUCACUUAGUGAGUAGUUGAUAUCACUUAUUGUAUUAUAAGUUAUAUUAUCUUGUGAGUAGUUGAUAUCACUUAUUGUAUUCUAAGUUAUAUUAUCUAGUGAGUAGUUGAUAUCACUUAUUGUAUUAUAAGUUAUUUUAUCUAGUGAGUAGUUGAUAUCACUUAUUGUAUUAUAAGUUAUAUUAUUUAGUGAGUAGUUGAUAUCACUUAUUGUAUUAUAAGUUAUAUUAUUUAGUGAGUAGUUGAUAUCACUUAUUGUAUUAUAAGUUAUAUUAUUUAGUGAGUAGUUGAUAUCACUUAUUGUAUUAUAAGUUAUAUUAUUUAGUGAGUAUAUGAUAUCACUUAUUGAAUAGGUGAUAUCACAUAGUCGUUUAAAUGAUAUCACUAAAUGGCCAUGGAUAUGAAAGCUGCGUCCCAUGCCUAACGGUCAGUGUGUCUUGUUUUAUAGUGCACACGAACAUGUGGGAAAAUUGUUUGUAACCGAAGUAAUAUUCUGUAAAAUAUGAGUUCGUUGAUCCACCACCAUAUAGAAUUAAUGGAAAGUGUCCCGACAUAAUGUAUACAAAAUCAUUGAGAAUUUCGGUUUUUCGAAGACUUCACGAGGAAUUUUAAAAUAAUAUAUGAAUAAACUCGAGAAAUUCAUAGCGCAAAGUCUUCGCAUAACAUGUAAUUUUAUCGUAAUUAUCCGCUGAGAUCAGGCCGAGGUGAUUGAUGAUCUUCAAAUAUAUUGGAAGUAAAUUUCAGGAUUGUAUAUAUUAUUGAGAGUGAUGAAUGAGAAACGUUAUGGAUGAAGAAUUGCGAGCUUUAACAUACAUGUGAGCAUUUCCCUGAACUAUAUGUCAUCUCAUUAUCAGUGUACAAUAUUAUUUUUCCCCUGAAGUGUGUCAUCACAUCAUCAUUAUACGGUUUAGGGGGACUAUACAUGUAAUCACAUCUUCAUUAUAUACAGUUUUUUGUUAUUUUGGGGUUGUUUUUUUUUUUUUGACUAUGUAAUGACAUCAUCAGUGUGCAGUAAAAUUAAGUUCUUUAUAUCUUUUUGUCGCAAUUUUGAAUAUCCUGUUUUUAACUGCAGUGCGUCCUACCCAUAUAGUGCAGUUGCUCAGCAUUGUAGAAUUUCCGGGCAAGCAUGUGCCCUCAUUUCUCAUCGACGGAUACGUCCUGUUUAAAACAAAAAUUCAACGACUUUAUAGCUGGUUUAAAAUAGUGAAAUUAAGACUUAUUCUUUUAAAGUAUGGAAGUGAAAUACUAAUUUUGAGCUUGUGUUCGCUGCUACACUUAACAUGGACGCUUUUCGUGUAGAGAAAGUUUAGUGGAUUUCUGGACAGAAGAGCAUACGUGAUAUAUGUCAGAGCGGUAAAGCACAAGGGUGCGACGUAAUUCACAUUAAUAUAGAGGGGCAAGGAGACAAGCAAUUAGUUUCUCAGUUGAUGCACUAACAAUCGGUGUGCUUGAAUAAUCUGUGUGGCCAUUUCAUGAUAUACAUAUACAAAAUCUGUCAAUUUCACUAAUUUUAUUGGUAUUGAUUUGAUCUAAUAUCUAUUAUGAGUGAAACAUGAAUAUAAUGCUAUACGCCUUUUCCGUAUAUACGGUCAGACAUAGAACAGUAAAUAAAAAAACCAUUUAUAAGUUAAUUUAAUUUAUAAUAUCAAAUAUACAUGAUACAUGGUGUAGGUUACUUGCAAAUACGUGAGUAAAAUCUUCAGUAUAGAUUUACAUAUGAUUUCAACACACAGAUGUAUUCUGUGCAUGUAUACAUUUAAUAUGAAUUAAAAGACGUUAUGUAUAUUUUAGUAUAAUGUAUAAACUUAUGGCAACAUUUUGAGCCACAACGAUUUCUUCACUAAGUAUUCUUAUUGUAUGGUUGAAAUUCGAUACCAUAAGGGACACCGAUCGUUGUACUUGCACCUAUUGAGAGAGAUUUCCCUUGGUAAAAAGGAAAACCAUCAAUAUAGCGCAUCAAACAUCGGAUAAAAGCGAUGAAGAAACCCGCCCAGAGUCGGUGAAAGAGUAAAUCAGAGUAAUAUGGACGAUUUGUCUUCAACAUGAGAAAUGAUAUCUGUAAACACAGCGUAUACACAUAAAAAAAAAUCAUGUUACUUACUAAAAAAAUUUAUUCAGAUUAGUAGUACAACUGUGCAGAGUGAUUCACAGUAAUUACCAUUUAAUUACUUAAACUUUUAAUUUUUAUUGAUCAUGUGUCGUGAAGGUUCCAUCACUUUGACUUUUUCCCCUUAUCUUUCAAUAGGAAACCCUUUUGUACGCUGGGAAAUGACGUCAUCUCUGUUUAGACUCCGUUUAACCUUUGGCAAACCUGGAGUACAUUAUCUGACAUACAUCACACCACAGAGCAGAUAGUACAUGAAUAACAAUGGAACCAUUUGCAUAUCUAUACUUUACCAUUCAGUUAUAAAAAGUAACAAAUUGGAAUUAAAUUACCAUAAAUUAUCAGAAUUUAGACUUUUACGAUACAAAUUUUGUAAGAUCUACGUACAAUUUUAUGCCAUGUAGAACGCCCUGUUAGCAAAAUCUUUGAAGAUCUUUCGAAGUGAUGGAAAUCGUUUCUCACGAUGAGUUGCAGAUUUAUUUAUCUCAACUCCCCGCCACAUCUUGCCAAUACGUGUAUAUGCGGUAGUUCAUCACUCGUUAAUGGUAUACCUCAAUUGUACAAUGCAUGUCUUUUUUUUUUUAUUUGAAACUUAUUAAAAAGCUGUAGAUCUAUAUUUGGACACCACAGCAUUUUCUAAUACAGUUCAAACCGCGAUACUUUCUAAUGUUUCUAGCGAAAAUUGAAUAUCAAGACAUACAUGUAGGCUAUAUAUACCUAAAACUGGUAACUUUUAAUUUUCAUUUGUGAACGAACAGCUAGAUUUAGCCGGAAAAAAACCUUCAAAAACAUCCUUGGGACGAAGUUUCAGCUUUAGUCAGAGAAAAUAAGAUCUAGUGAUGCUUUUAUUUUUAUUUGUAGUGAUCUAAAGAAAACUCCAACAAAUUCUUUUUCAUCACUGAAAUGAUUUCAUCAAAUCAUUUCAGAAAUGUUCAAUCAGCUCAUGAUGAAUAUCAUAAAAAAUCUUACUAGUGUAUUAGCAAUAUCAAGGAGAAGAACUCGUAAGUUGUACGAACUUGCUUCUGAUCCUAUUGUAUAUAUUACAUACAAUAAAAUACGUUCAAAUCAAAUCAGCAUCAUCAUUUCAAUCUAACAAAUAUCAUAAACCCAUAACGUACAUUGUAUUUAUCAGAAUGUGUAUUAUCUAUCUAUCACCAAUGUUUAACCAUAUUGUUUAGCUAUUGAAAUGACGCUAGAUCUACAACUAAUAAAGAAAGGUGGCCCUACACAAAAAUAAAGGGGAAAAGACAACUGUUAAACACGUGUUUCUAUGUCUCAUAAAGGUUAAACGCAUAUGUAUGUAUGAUAACGGGCUCUAUUUCGUCCCAAAGUCAACAUAUGUGCUUUUUGUUUCAAAUUAAGUGUAUUUUGUGCAAGAAUCGUGAUACUGUUAUUCUCACCUAGAACCGGAAUUAUGACAUCACAAAAAUGACGUUUUGCCGCUAUUUUCGGUAUCUUAAAAAUGAUCAUUUUUCACGGUUUUUCUUCUACAAAACAACGAGCACAGGCUUGGGCAAACUUUUUAUUUACACCAUAUACUUAUCUUUCCAGUACACAUGUAAAAAAUAAUUGUUUGUUCAUAGUUGCGCUCUAGGAUUUCUGAAAGAAAACGUUCACAAAACGGAAGUUGAUUAAAAUUGAAAAAUUGCGUCACUGUAUAGUAGUGUAGAUGCAAUGUACUCCAAAUGACUGUAAAUAUCAGAGACAAAAUAUGUGAAACUGUAUUGGGCAGGAUCUCCUUUACGAAAUAAAAAAAGAUUUAUUCUUCCUAUAAAACUUUAAAAUUUUGAGUUCCACGUGGGCCCAGUAAGACUGUUAUCGAACCUUUUAUUAGUUUCAGUUCAUUGUGAAAUAAAACACACAGGCGUUAUAUUGUUGAUCAUAUUAACCCUUUUUAAAGUACAUUUACCAUUCCAGUUUUCGCCGAUAGCUGUUUUGGGAUUCCCCACAAACAAGAUUGAAAUUACUUUUAUUUAAUUUUUAAAAUAUGUAUUUUAUCGUUAAAGUCAUCAAAAGAAUUGAAAAUCGUAUUCUAUGAUUUGAAAUAAUGGAUUUCUUAUCAGCACAAGUAUUGUACGUAUUUCAUAUUUUGUGACUUUCUAUUGGGUAUUGGAUAACAUAACACUUGAAACAGCUUUGUAAACAAGAUGUUUUAGACGGGAUAGUAAUGCUUAGACUGCAAAAUUGAAGACAAGAGGAUGUGCUGGCGAGAUAGACAAGAGGACAACCGGAGCCGGUGGGAAAGUAUGAUGAAACUGGAAUGUCUGGAGUGGCGAGUCCCUGCUCUAAAACGACACAAUCUACUUCUUAAAAUAAUUGGGGCGACACAACUUAAUCGUUUGAUUUACUCUUUCCAUCAUAAAAGCAUAUAUAUUUCUUUAGAUUUUGAGGUCUUUUUCCGCAUACUUAUGAACAGAUAAAUGUUCUAUCAUAUUUACGUCGGAAAUUUUGCAGUCUCGUCGAGAGAAAAAAUUCUUUUAAUUAAUAUGAGUGAUUGGUCUGUUUAUCAUGCAAGAAUUUGUGCCUAUUCUGGUAGUACAUUUAUUUACAAAUUUUAAUUUUAGAACAUUUGAUUUCAGACUUUGAGCUCCCUGGCGCGAGUUGUCAUAGUAAAUUGUUUGAAAUGUCUGGGUUACACUCGACAUUGAGACCAAGCUUGUUUGUCAACCAGUGGACAUCUGUGACCUUUAACCUAUUAUUUUUUAGAUUUUGACAUGUGAUCCGUCUUUGAAGUUUCAGGAUAUCGAUCUAUUAUGCGAAAUAAUACGUCUGAAUCUUAUUUCGCAGACGAUGAUCCCGUUCUAUAUGUGUAUAAUUCUUCUUUUUUUUAAUUUCUACGCUGGAAUAGAAUCUUGAAUCGUGCCCAGAGAAAACAGUUUACCUGGACUACCUGUGUUUCUAUCAAUGAGAAACGUACAACCUUAACACGUGCUUUAACCAUUUAUUACUUUUAUGAAUGAAGGAGGCGGGGAUUAUGUAGGAUUUGAUAUCUGAACAAGAGUUUCUACAACUGUGUGUUAACACUGCGUGAAAUGUCAUCAAGUGUAACAACUAUUGAGAGAAAAAAUUCCCCAUGUUCUACAAAGCAGAGUAAAAAUGAAUUUUCCGAUUGUUUAUUGCAAUAACAUUGAUGAACAUUUCCCUAAUCAUUGAAUAGUACAUGAUGAAUUACAAAAGACUAGAUUUUACAAUCUUAUAUACAUUUGAUCUUGAUUACGUUUACCUCUCUUCAAAGCAAUCGGCAAUUUCCCAUGUAUCAUUGUUUUUUCAGUGAUUUUCAUUGAUUAAAAAUUUAAGCAGUUUGCGUUUUGAAUCGAGCACAUCAAAAAUACGGGAGUAAAUAAUGCUUGCCAGUUAACAAAAAAUCGGAGCCAAAACAUAACAAACUUUUUUGACAAAUAAUAUUUUUGACCAAUAAAAAUCUCGGCUGUCCUCAAUUUAUUCCACAAGCGUAUAGCAUUAUGAUGUCAAGGGCUUAAUUGAGAAUUUGAUUGGUUCACCGACAGCGACAAUUCACCGCAUGCGUCAGCCCAUCGUUAAUGGGCGGUCCUACGGGCUUUAUUAUAUGCGAAUGUCCGUUUAUCAGGAGUAACAAGUUGUUUCAAACUUUAGUUUACAAUUGCAUGACAUGAAGAGAACACUUGCAUUAUAGAAGAUUUUGCUAACUUGUACAUUUUGAGAAUACUGUGAUUUACUAAAACACGCGCCAUCAGUUCACCGUGUUUAAGAGAGACAACUGUUCGUUUAUUAGACAUUUUCGGUGGGAACUUUUUAUAUGCAGAUGAAAAUGAGCGAUUCCGACGAAGGGAGAGGAUCCCCUUGCACACAACCCUCCACUGAGCAGCUUCUGAAAGCUGUUCGUGCAGCUGGACCGAUCACCGCAGACGAUAGCAUUCUCAGCAAAGCCAACUUGGAUGAUCCAGGAAAGUUUCCGAAACAAAUUCAGGAAGCUGUCUCGCAAGUCUUAAAAGGAUAUGAUUGGUCUCUAAUACCAAUGCCACAAAGAGGACCAAAUGGAGAGAAAAGGAAACCACACAUCAAAAGACCAAUGAAUGCGUUCAUGGUCUGGGCUCAAGCUGCAAGGAGAAAAUUAGCUGAUCAAUACCCCCACCUUCACAAUGCUGAGCUUAGCAAGACUCUAGGCAAACUUUGGAGACUUCUGAACGAAGAUGAGAAAAGACCAUUUGUUGACGAAGCAGAAAGGCUCCGAGUCCAACACAAAAAAGACUACCCCGACUACAAAUACCAGCCUCGCAGGCGAAAACCUCUCAAAAGUGCUAGUGGCAGUCCUGCAGAAUCUAGCGGAAGUAUGCCUCACGCCAUGAUGUUCAAAGGCAUGCAAGGGUCUCCCACAGGCAUGAGUGAUGGGGACUCCAGCGAUUGUUCCUCUCACAACAACCAUGGUCCACCCACUCCGCCCACUACACCCAAUCAGCAUGACUUGAUCAACCUUAAAUCCAUGGCUGACCGCAUGCGCGCGGUGCGCCACAUUUCAGGAGGGCACCAAAACCCUAUAGAUUUCAGCAGAGUUGACCUAAGAGAGAUUGCUCCUGAGGUAGUGGCGUAUAAUGACUUGGAAGAAUUUGACAGAUAUUUGCCAACCACCGCUGCCAAUCCAACCAUUCAAGGGGAUAACGAACAGUAUACGCCAUGCUAUGGUAUGACUUCAUGCACCACCGGUACAUCUUCUUCCUGGACCAGCUCUUAUAGACCCCCAGGGUCCAUGUGCUUGCCAACCUACAAUAUGACACAAAACAAUGACAUGUCUACCCCUUACGAUUUGUCUAACCAUCACUCGCCGCCCAGUGGCAAUCCGUCUCAAUCUCCAAAUAUGCAUAGUCCUUCUUACCAGAGCAGCGCCAGUGACUGUAAAUAUUCGGAUCACGAGGAAUCCAAUCCUUCCGUGAAGCUGGAACCAUUAAAUGGACGUCAGCAAUCCUCAACCCAACAGUACAACUAUAGUCUGUCUCCCCCUCCCCGAUAUGGCAUCGAUGGUCACCAUGGCAACUCCUAUGUGUCUCAUGGCAACGGUUCCUAUUCCUCCUCCUCCUCUUCCACUGGCUCUCAGUCUUACCAAUUCAUGGGCAUGAACCGACAAAUGUUCAAUCCAAUCCCUGCGGCCGUACCUUCGGACCAGCAAUGGGAUAGAUAUGCUUAAAAAGACAUUCGUGUGAUAUCGGACCUUACUGUAUCGCUGUGAUCUCUCGUAACACCUCGUCCGUGCUCUCUUUGUAAUUCUGUGCGAAUGCUUGCUUGUAAACUCUGCAAGGGAUGGAUAAUUGGGGGGUUUCUCUGGAGAAACUUGAUAGCCUUGGUGUUUCUUUCAUAUUUUUGUGUGCACGGAUGACAUACUUUGUAACUUAUCCAUUUUUAUUACUUUCUAUGUGUAUGACUCACAGAGAAAUAAAGUCCCCUUGACAAUUCAUGCCAUUUAUUUGUUGUCACCGGUGCUAAGCUAGAAUCCAGUAUUUAGUACUGUGUGACCAGUACGUUUUGUUGAAAAACAAGACUUUGAUAACAUAAUAUAUAUUUAUUUUUAUAUCUCUAUUGCCAAUGUUUUGUUGUAUGUUUUCCACUUUAUAUUUGAUAUUCAAAUGACUCGAUCGGGAGGAAUCAAUCAACUGCUUUUUGAUAUUUAUCCUUUACGAAGACGCAAUCGAAAAAAUUCUAUGCAUUUAUUAUCAUAUAUCAUUUAUUAAUUUAUGUAUAUUUUGAUACUGUUGUAUAUAUUUGUAAAAAAUAAAAUGAUCUUCCAAAAAAAA